AUGAAAAUAGGGGAAGGGGAGGCUAUCCCAUCUCAGGGCCAGGGCAUACCAAGGCCUCUUUGUGGACUUAAAGAGGUGGUCUUAGACCCUUUUUUCGUUUUUAUAGAUUACCCACCAAGAGGCAUUGUCGGAAAGCAGAAGGAAAUUGCAAUAGGUUUGGCUGUUGGUGGAUUUUCCGUGAUGGUAAUCAUUCUUUGUAUUAUAUGCAUAUCAAUCAAGAAAGAUAAGAGGGAUGAGUUUGAUGUUGAGGCAUUUAUAAAGAACUACGGAUCGCUUACUCCAAAGCGGUAUACCUAUGCAAAUGUCAAGAAAAUGACAGACUCUUUUAGAGACAAAAUAGGUAAAGGUGGAUAUGGAACUGUGUACAAAGGCAGGCUACCUGAUGGGCUUCUGGUGGCGGUUAAAGUCCUAAGCGAGGCCAAGGGUAAUGGAGAAGACUUUGUUAACGAAGUUGCUAGCAUUGGUAGAACCUCCCAUGUCAACAUAGUCACUCUCUCUGGAUUCUGUUACGAGCGGGGCAAAAGGGCUUUGAUUUAUGAGUUCAUGCCUAAUGGAUCUCUGGAUAAUUUCAUACAUAAGCACGGAUCUGAAAUGGAAAAUUUUCGAUUAGAAUGGAAAACACUAUCUGAAAUUGCAGUUGGUAUUGCGCGAGGACUAGAAUACUUACACCGUGGAUGUAACACAAGAAUUUUGCAUUUUGACAUAAAGCCACAGAACAUUCUUCUCGACAAAGAUUUUCGCCCAAAAAUCUCUGAUUUUGGCCUUGCCAAAUUAUGCAAAACGAAGGACAGUAUUGUAUCGAUGAUGGGGACAAGAGGAACUGCAGGAUACAUUGCACCAGAAGUGUUUAGCAGGAACUUUGGUGGAGUAUCUCACAAAUCUGAUGUUUACAGCUACGGUAUGUUGGUUCUUGAAAUGGUUGGAGCAAAAAAGAAUUUGGAUUCGGGAGUGUCUCAUACGAGUGAAAUGUUUCCACAUUAUGUUUAUAAAGAUCUAGAGCUAGAAAAUGAUGAAAAUGCAUUUGGGGCAAUCACAGAGGAGGAAAAAGAAAUAGCAAGAAAGAUGGUAUUAAUAAGUCUGUGGUGCAUUCAGACCAUUCCUUCUGAUCGGCCAUCAAUGAGCAAAGUUGUAGAGAUGUUGGAAGGACCCCUUCAUUCCUUGCGAAUUGCACCCAAACCUUUCUUGUUUUCUCCUACAAUAGCUGCAGAAGACUCUAUGACUACAACCAGUGGCGGAUCCACCAUGGGGUCAAUGGUGUCAGAAGGCCCCAUGGCAGCCCUAGAAAUGGCUUCGAGGUCCCAUGUUGGCCUUGGCAGCCAUGGGAGACGACCCCAAGGAGAAGAAGACAUGCAAGCUGUGAGGGAGAAGAUAGAGGGAGGAAGAAGAGAGAGAGAGAGGGAGGAAGAAGAAGAAGAAGACAAUGAUUGA